GCGGCGGGACGGGACGGGACGGGACGGGACGGUGGGAAUGUGGGAAUGCGGGAAUGCAGUGCAGUGCAGCGCAGUGCAGUGCAGCGCAGCGCAGUGCAGCGUAGCGUAGCAUACUCGUACCGCAGCGCCCAGCAGGGCCGGGACCCGCCGCUGCCAGGCCAGUUUGCUCCAUGCGUGCUGGCUAUUUCCGGCACCGGCGCCGGGCCCGGCCCUCACGGCCCUGCGGCCCAGCGGCUCGGGGCGCGGGCGGCCCCUCAGCCCUCGGCCGCUGCCGUGUGCCUCGGAGGGAGGCGCUUGCAGGUGCCCCCGGUGCUCUGUGCACAGGGUCUCGAGUGUGUCGCAGCGCGGCAGGGGUGGUGACAUCGCGCGAAAGCAGCUGGGGCCUUUGUGUCACUCACACACUGUGCUCCCGCUGGACUGCGGCCCCUCCGCUCUGUGGUCUGGGAGAGAGGGAAAACAAAACGCUCUUCUGAAGUUCCUGCAUGCUCAGAGAGUUUCUUUGCUCAGAAUUCGUGCGGGGCUGCGAUGCUGGGGUUUUUGGGCAUCAAAUGGCUCUCUUGAACAGACGAUUUGGUUUAUCUUUAACCCAUCUAAGCAGUUCUGUGAUCCAACGACAGUUCAGCAUCACUGGAGCAUGCCAGGCAAUACAGAAACUAACCCGCGUGCGAGUGGUGGACAACAGCGCCUUGGGGAACACGCCCUACCACCGGCCACCAAAGUGUAUCCACGUGUAUAACAAGACUGGAGUUGGCAAAGUCGGAGAUAAGAUCCUUCUGGCUAUCAAAGGAGAAAAGAAGAAGGCUUUAAUUGUAGGGCACAAGAUGCCCGGCCCUACCAUGACGCCUAGAUUUGAUUCCAACAAUGUGGUACUCAUAGAAGAUAAUGGAAAUCCAAUAGGGACUAGAAUAAAAACACCAAUACCGUGUACACUGCGAAGAAGAGAAGGCGAGUUCUCCAAAGUACUGGCCAUUGCCCGCAACUUUGUAUGAAUGCUGAGAGAGGUCCUCAGCAAUCCUUUCAUGCAGCAGCUGUUCCUUGGUCCUUUUCCAGAAAUUGUGAAAAAGCUGCUGUUCAUCUAGAAUCUCUCCUUCCUUUUAAGAAUUUCAAGCAACUAAUUUAAAUAUUGAAAUAAUUUCUUUUUCUCCAAAAGAAGGUUAAUUUAUUUUACAGAACAUCUGCAGUAUGUUUGGGAAACGGUCCUUCACCCUUACUUCUCCUGUGGUGUUCAUUUGGUCUGUGAUAAUUAAAAUGAGAACAUCAAAA